GAGCACGCUGCCGCGACCAGGCAGCACUUACGGCCGGCAGUCUUCGCAUCAGGGCACACCGGGAACGACGCCCACCAGUAGCACUUACAGCACUUAUAGGCGUCCAUCAUCAGGGGGAAACAGCGUGGCCAACGCUGUCAAGAUGUUCGGAAGCCUGGCUCUUCGCGAGGAGGGAGGCGCCUCCAAGCCACCGGUGUCGAGGAGCUACUCCGUCAAGUCCAAGGAGGAGGACAACGUGCAAGCGCCAUCCGGCAUGCCAUCUCGAGAAGAGUCCAGAAGCUUCGUCAAUGUCCCUGCAAGAUCCGAUGAAAAGCAGCCAGACACGGCUGAAGCUCAGGUGACGAACGAUUCCAACCUGGUCAAAUCCGAAUCGAAGUGCGGCAAGCGUGGUCUGGCCCCGGCCGACUUCACUUCGACAUCCGACUCGGAGGAAAGCGAUGACGACCAAAGUGGAGACGAGGAAAACCAGGCAGAUGGCGGCGUGAAUCAAAGUACCUCGGAGACCGACGCGGCGGGGGACGACGAUCCUGACCGGCAAUUGGCGUCCAGGCAGCAGGCCACAGUCCGGCGAGCCGGUGGUCUACAGGUGGACUCCGCAGACUUGGACUCUUCAAGAUAUAGCGGCCCGAAAAGAACGCCGUCAUUUAAUUCUGCCAUACCAAGACAGAUAAUCAGGAGGGGCAGUUCAGGGAGCCAUGCACUGUCCGCCAGAAGCCGAAGCAGCGCUUCUCUCUGUCCAUCAGCAUCUCCGGCGAGGGCAUUGUUCCUGACAAGUUCGUGCUCCCGAAUCCCAGUGCUCAACGGAUCAACAGUGAAGAAAACGCCAAGCCCACCCAGGGCAGCGGCGAUUUCUUCCACCACGAGCACCUCCUGUGAAGAAGAAUGCGAAACUGAACAGAACAAGGACUUCCGAAAGUCUGUGCUCAAUAUGAACCUUACUGAGGAGGAGAGAGAAAUGUACCUGUCGAGACAACGAGAAGAACGUGAAAGAUGUAACCAUCACGGAGAAACGGAGUACAACGUGGAGUCGAGCAACGCAACUGAGACGACCACGACAACGGAGACGUCUGAAGACGAAGACGCGGUCGACCUUUCAAGAUCGGCAUCGUCGGCUGUUGGGAGAAACGGUUCAAAAUCACUGCUGCUGGAGCCCGAGAUUCGCACGAGUGGUUCGAAGACAAGUAUGGCCAGAAGCUCCUCGCAGAACACACUACUCUCCAAGAAAGGUAGCAGAGACAACAUUUUGCAAAGCUGCCAGAGCAACGAUCGCCUUCAUGACCGAUCUCGAAGCGCAUCGGGCGGAGAUCUGUUGGAAGCAACCACUACUACGGACGACGAAGAAGACGCGUCGGAGGCUCGCAGCCGGCGUAUGCGCCGGCCCCUUCGUCGCAAGGCUUCAAAGGACAACAUGCUGGAUGCAGAGCCAGCUGGCAGCGUCGCAGCUGCGGUCAAGUAUGACCGACAAGAGUCGUCUAGUUCGGUUGCCUCAUCAAGCACAAGUUCGUCGGAGGCGGCCGAUACUCCGCAAUUGAGCGCCCCACACGUCACCGUGUCUACUCACACGACGAGCGAAGGGGACGAUGAAGACGAGGAUGACGAGGAUGAAGACAAUGAAGACGAAGUAGAAAGUCUAGCAGUCACGCCCGUUCCAACUGCUGAUCACUUGUCGCCAGAGCCCUCAGUGACUGCUCCCGCGGAGGACAAAGCCUCAACGCAUCAAGACGACGAGGAGGUUGAGUCAUCUGACGAAAGCCAGAAAUAUGAGGAAGAUGAAGAUGACGAGGAUAAGACUCUUGACUUUAGUGGAGAUGAAAAAGAAGCUGCCGUUCCUUCAUCAGACAACGAAAUUGAUGAUACAGCGAAAAACAUAAGCGAGGUUCGCCAAGAGAAAGAAAUUGACAGUACUAGCGAGGAAGAGGUGUCGGAAGGCGAAACUAAGUGUGACGUCGAAAAAGCUGCAAGCACAGACAUUCCUGAAGGCGAAUCUAAACAACUUAAAAGCGAAUCUGAAUCUGCAAAAUCUGAAAUAUCCGAAAGUGAAGAUGAAGAAGAGGACGAAGGGGAUAACGAGGAAGACAAUGAAGAUGAAGAUGAAGUGGAUGAACAGGCGCAAGUUGUAGAAUUGAAAAGUGGAGAGCCUGGUGAUGAAGUGCAAUUACAAGUACAUAAGCAAGAAAAAGUAAGCAGCUCUGAGGACGAAGCCGAAGCAAAAACAACGUGCGGAGGUGUGGACGUCGAUGACACUCAGCACACUCCAGAGGUAGCACGUGUCAAAGAAGCUGAGGUGGAUGACACACCAGGCAAAGGAAAUUCGGAGCUGCUCCGCGACAAGGAAGAAACACCUGAACGAACAAAGGGAAAAGAAAGUGAGGAAGAAGGUUCUGAAGUAAGUGAUGAAGACGAAGAAAGUGCCAGUGAAGUUGAUGGUGACAGUUCGAAAGUAAACGAAAAUGAAGACACGCAAAAUAUGUGCAAGCUUUCAGAGGAUGCCCAGCAAGAUACUAAGCAUGUAGUAAAGGAUGAAGAAACAUCUAGCGAAACAGAAGAAAGUGAUACCGAAAGUCAUGAAAAGCAAGAUGACAACACUGUUUCAGUGCCAGAUAGUGGCAGACCUCGAACUCCCGAAAAAACUAAAGGUAACGAGAGAAACGAGGUAAAUGAAACAGAAGACAAGACAAAACUGUCUAACGAAGCUUCUGUUUCCAGAGCAGCGUCUCCAAUUCUCACUAGCUCAAGUAAGACGCUCGAUACCUUGUCCAGAGAGUUAUCCUCUUCAAGCACAUUCCCUGACCGUUUUCGCAAGAUUGCAAAUGUUUCUCCUAGGCGCUCAUUAGAAGUGGCCACUAACGCAAGUAAGUCUGAAAUAAAGGCUGAGGCCAUGCACUCCCCUGAGGGGCGGCAGGAAAUAAGCUUACCGUCUAGUUUCCCUAAACCUACAUUUUCAGAAACCUGCCAGCUUGCAAAGACUUCUUCGUCUCAAAGCGUCACAAGUCCGACUCUACUAAGCCCAGUGGUCACCAACAGGACAGCCGUACCAUACGUUAAGCAGCCAGUCGUCGAAGAAACACCCGCUGAAGAAAAACAAAGUAUAUCUGUGACGUCCCCAUUGUCCCCUUUCAGUCAUCCAAGUGUGAGUUCAGUGAAUAGGUUAGCUUCCCAGUUUUCUACUGCCCCUACCGUUACCCAGUCACCACCGAUGAGAAGAAGCAGGCCGACGCAUUCCGGGAUUCCUACACCAUCUGUCUGCACUGACUCAAAGACUGAUGAGAACAAAAGCCUAAGUGUAGCACAGCCGCACACACCUGUGACUCGUCGCCAGCGGCCCACCACUACGGUUGCACCUAACCAACAGAGUAGCGUUCUAACGUCAUCGUCGACUUCAGUGACGCAGACUUCGAUCUCAACGCCUAGAGUGCGGCCUGUGCCAGUACCACCACCAUCUGCCGUCUCAUCAGCUCGAGUGAGGCCCGUUCCUGUGGCACCUCCUCCCGUGGCCUUGGUUCGGGUGUUCCCUGUGCCACCACCUCCGGAAUCGUCGGUAGCGCAACCUGCGACAAUUUCCACGAAAGUUCAGUCAACAAGUGGGAACGUUUCAACUCUACAGGAGAAAACACACCUACCUGUUCGAGCGAGGUCGGCAGCGCCAACGCAGUUCUUUCCAGCAGUACAAGAAAAAGUGCCUGUCUCUGUGAGUCCAGCGAAGCCAGAAGUGCACACCCCGUCGAAGUUUAUAUCAACGCAAGAUAAAACACAGACACCUGCAACUCCGGUUAAGCCAGUUGUACAGACACUGACAACAUACCCUGCCGCUCAGGAGAGACCACUUCACGUCGUACCAAUUCCACCAAAAUCACCGAUAAUAACACCCUCGGUUCCGGCAGCUCAAGAGAAAGCGCAAACUCAACCAACUCCGCCAAGGACUCUUCCGCUGCCAACACCUGCACAGCGGCCGACAUCGUUGGACAUAGGAAAGGACAGUGCUACCAAGGCACCAGCACCCGACUCUUUUUUGCAAAGUUACAGGCGGUCACGAGAGCUGAACAAAAGUGAUUCGUCGGGACACAUGAAAAGCCCUUCUGUCCUUGCAGCGCAGCGGACAAUACUUUCCGGAGAUCUAAAACAGGUAACACCAGCGCCAACAGAGAAGAGGCCAGUAGAAGUGCCGCCCAAAGCUCCAUCUUUUGCGGCUCCUGCCAAACAACCCAGCGAAACUUCUGUUCCAAAAACUAAAUUCCAGAGCUCAACAGAACAGACACGAACUGUGUUCGGAAUUCCUCCUGCAGGCAGACGAUCGGUAGCGCCCGCAAAACCCACAGAGAUGAAGAAAAUCGAACAAGAAGUGAGAACGCAACCGGCACCUUCAGGGCAUAACGACCAGGGAAAGAAUAGCCGGAAGCCGGUGACCAAAUUUAUAGGUUCCUGCAAGGACAUUGAUUCUCUCUUGAAGUACGGCAGUGACGAAGAACCGGAGACGUUUGAACAGUUCGAAGACCAGUUCGAGAAAGGCGCCAUUAAGAAACCUUCUCUUCCCACGCAAUCCAAAAAGCUUUCUCCAGGGGACCGAGUGAAACAUUUCAUUGGGAAAUUCCAAGACAUUGAUGAUAUGCUGGGCGCAGCAGCUGUGCCUGUUUUCCCAUUAAGCCCCAGUGAUCGUAGUCCAUUCGAACGCUCAUUCGCCGAAAGCUGGCCGAAGAAAACGCAACAGGAUGACAGUGACUCCUCUGGUGAUUCGUCUCUGGAAGAGGUUAAGGUGUCGUCAGUGAAAGUACACGAGUCUAAGCAAGCAAUACGGCCUCGACUCGACGCAUACACCGAAGAGAUCGACUCCAGUGCAGUUCGUAUCAGGGAGCCCAAAGUGAUGCAGGGACGAAUUACCAAAAGACCAACAAAAAAGUUGGACGACUGCACGCUACAACUGUACAAGAUCAAUGCGACCGACAACGACUAUGGCAGCUAUCUGGAUCUCGAGUCGACAAUCGACGAGCAGGGCGACGACUUCGAGGGAUUCCAGGACAACCGGAAGAAUGCAGUCCUGCUUCGCACCCAACUCUCCGUUCGAGUUCAUGCGAUAAUCGAGAAAUUGCUCAACUCGACAGGACGAGAACUGCGACGGGCUCUGUUUUCUCUCAAGCAAAUCUUUCAGGAUGACAAAGACCUGGUGCACGAGUUUGUGCAGAAUGACGGCCUCGCUUGCCUCAUCAAAGUGGGGUCCGAGUCGGACCAGAAUUACCAAAAUUACAUCCUUAGAGCUCUGGGGCAGGUUAUGCUCUACGUGGACGGCAUGAAUGGCGUCGUGGAGCACAACGAGACGAUCCAGUGGCUCUACUCUCUCAUUGCUUCCAAGUACCGUCUGGUGGUGAAGACAGCUUUGAAGCUUCUUCUUGUCUUUGUGGAGUACACUGAGAACAACAGUGCCCUUCUUAUGAAUGCCGUCAAUGUGGUGGACCAUGAAAGAGGUGCCAGACCAUGGUCCAACAUAAUGAUGUUGCUGAAUGAAAGAGACUCUGCAGACAUGGAACUGCUGGUAUACUCCAUGACACUCAUCAACAAGACUCUCAAUGGUAUUCCUGACCAGGACACCUAUUACGAUAUUGUUGAUUCGUUAGAAGAGCAGGGAAUGGAACGACUUAUACAAUAUUACAUGUCCAAGCAAGGCACUGACUUGGACCUGCUGCAGCAAUUCCGAAUAUACGAGGCUGUUCUUAAGCACGAAGAUGGAGAUGGGGAUGGAAAAGCUCUGCCUCUUGAUGUUCGACUGAGGCAAGUUCCUCGUAGUCGCAAGUCAAGUAGUAAUGAUGAAAAUGAGAGGCGGAAAAGCCGGCGUCACUCACUGGGAAACCUUGCUCCGAAUAGUACGAGUCCUUUCAAACAGCGGCCUUCACCACUUGCCAAGACACCUGAAGCAACCAGUACAUUUCCACAAUGGAGGAGAAGGGAUGUUAACCAAAACGAAGAACCAGUAAAAACGCCUGACCAUGGAAAGAAUGGGAUCGCUCACAAUGACGUUGAUACCCCGGAAAUAGAUGAUGUUGUAAAUGGCAUUACUCCUGCAUUGAGACGGCGACGGGAGCGGGAUGCACGUAAUCGUUGCCUCAUUCGAGAACAAGAGGAAAAUGGCCGUGACCAUCAGACAACUGUGUCACCACCAGUCCCAUCUCCACCGGCAAACUUCACUGAAAAGCAGCCUCAGAAAGGGCCAUCUUUCAUUGAGCGCACCCGCUCCCGUUUUGAAAGCCGCAUUGAAGAUGAAAAUAGAAAAAAUCAACAACUUUCUCAACAACAGCAACAGCAACAACAGCAGUCACCUGUAACUCCUAACUUCUCUCCACUUCAGAGGCCUACAAAUCUGCAUGUGGAGCCACCAAAGACCUUCAGUGUCUGCCCAAACAAAUCCCCACAGCCCUACAUGAGUCCAACUCAAAGGGAUCCAAACAAAAAAUCUUGGAUGCUGUCCAUGAUGUAUGGAAAAAACCAAGAGGAGGAAAAUUCGCGUGAGGAGGAGUUAGUUCGACCACCACAGCAGCUUAAAAAGGAUGGUCUUCGAGAACUUCAAGAUCGUAUUAGUGGAAGGACAACAGACAGCCCAGCCACAGACAUCUCCACGGCUGGCGCCGUCAGUCGAGCAAAAGAAGGGCUUGCCGCAUCACGUUCACGAUCUGACUUCCGAUCACUACUUCCACAGACAAGCUCAUCUUCGAUUCCUGACUUGCUGUGGAAGGCCGACAAUGACGUUCAGUGGGAACAGUUAGUGCGAUCCAUCAGGCGGCCACUGCUCAUCAAUGACCUUGAUUUCACAGACCUAAGAGAUGAUGAUGACACAGAUGUGCUCCAACCAAUGAACUGUGGAUCUGGCCAGCCACCACCACCGCCACCACCCACUGGAGGGCUUCCUCCACCACCACCUCCAAUGGGAGGGCCACCUCCACCUAUGGGAGGGCCACCACCCCCACCUCCACCAAUGGGAGGUCCUUCCUUUGGUGGGCCUCCGAAAGCUGCUCCACCACCUCCAGCUGCUCCAUCAUGGCUUCAACAGCGGCAGCAGCAGCAGCUAGCGCAGCAGCAAGCUCUGAAUGCCCUUCCACCAAAAAGCAAAAAGACCGUGAAGCUUUUUUGGAAGGAAGUGAAGGUAGACCAGUCAAUGUUGUCGAAAAUACCUAAGAAGAAGACCAUCUGGGAUGAACUCAAUAGGGUGCAUGUGGACACACAAAAGCUGGAACACCUCUUUGAGAGCAGGGCCAAGGAAGUUCUGAACAGGAAAAACCAAGAAGGGAAAAAGAAUGAGGUUAUAGUUCUUGAUGCAAAGCGCUCCAAUGCCAUUAACAUUGGCAUGACCAAACUUCCACCUCCAAGAACAAUCAAAACAGCUAUCCUAAAGAUGGACAGCACCAUUAUGAACAAAGAAGGCAUAGAGAAAAUUUUGACGACAAUGAUGCCAGGAGAAGACGAGAAGAACAUCAUGGAAGCACAAAUGGCGAACCCUGAUGUUCCCCUUGGCAAUGCAGAACAAUUCUUACUGACACUUGCAUCCAUUAGCGAACUUGAAGCUCGUCUCAGACUUUGGGCUUUCCGCUUGGAUUAUGAUGUCAUGGAGCGGGAAGUUGCCGAGCCACUAAUGGACUUGAAGCAAGCAAUGGACGAAAUUGAAAGCAACAAGACAUUCAGGGUUAUACUGGCCACAUUGUUAUCAAUAGGAAAUUUUCUGAAUGGAGCGGAGGUGAAGGGCUUUCAGAUUGACUACCUGGCCAAAGUUCCUGAAGUAAAAGACACUGUUCACAAGCACUCAUUGUUGCAUCAUUUGUGCCAUAUGGUCAUGGAAAAGCACCCCGACACCACUGACCUCUAUUCUGAGAUUGGAGCUGUCACGAGGAGUUCUAAAGUUGACUAUGAUGAGGUUGCAAAAAAUUUGAGCAAGAUGGAAAGUGAUUGCAAGGCAUCAUGGGAGCACCUGAAAGUUAUUGCCAAGCAUGAUGGAUCAGCCAUGAAGCCAAGUGAACUCUCUGAAUUUCUCAAUGAUUGUGCUGAAAGGAUAGUCAUUCUAGGCAUCAUUCAUCGGCGUGUUCAUAACAGGUUUCACAAGUUGCUGGUGUAUCUGGGAUGCCCACCACACUCAAUUAGAGAAACCAAAGCACAGCAAGUAUGCAAAGUCAUCAGUGAAUUUGCACUGGAGUAUCGUACGACUAGAGAACGCGUCCAGCAGCAGUUUGAGAAGAAAGCAAACCACCGUGAAAGAAACAAGACACGUGGAAAGAUGAUCACUGAAAUGGACAAGUUCAGGACAAAAGAGCAGCAAGCUGACCAAGAGUUGAGGCAGCUUCUUGGAAAUGGAACCUCUGAUGUUGAUGAACCCAAAGGAGGGAAAUGGGGAACUGUACCUGGCAUGCGUGCUCGGCCAAGGAUACCGCAAGGCCCUGGAGGGACCCUUGGUCGGCACAGUACUCCAACAAGGGAUGACAACCUCACUGAUGCUGAUGAUGAGAUCUUAGAGAGCCUUGUCAAAACAGCAACAGCACAGCCAGCACGAAAUGAGCCUCGCAUUCGCAAGAAAGCUCGCUACGGUGAUAGAAAGUCACGUAAGUAG